ACAUUCCAAUGGCGAAGACGGGACAUUUUUGCAUCCAAAAAUACCCGAAAAGGGUAGAAAACUUGGAUAGGAAAAAAGAACAGUGCUGCCAAUUACUUGUCAAAAAUAUCUAACCUAAGUGCAAAAAUAAAUAAAAACUCCACUCAUCUACUCUGCAAUCUGUGAUAAAUAUUUUAAGUUUGUUUUUCAUCGCUGUAGAAUGAAUUCUUUGCCAGAAAAUGUUAUAAUCUCCGAUUUGAUAGAAUGUGUAAAUUUUGCCUGUAUAAAGCACAAGGACCAACGAAGAAAAGAUAUUCAAAGAACUCCCUACAUUAAUCAUCCUAUAGGAGUUGCUUUUAUUCUAACUAAUGAAGCUAAAGUAACUGAUUUGGCUACAAUCAAGGCUGCAAUCCUCCAUGAUACCGUAGAAGACACAGAUACCACUUUAGAAGAAAUAGAAAAUGUGUUUGGAAAGGAAGUUGGAUCAAUCGUGGCUGAAGUUACAGACGAUAAAAGUUUACCAAAAGAAAUGCGUAAACAACUACAAAUUGAACAUGCACCAGGUAGCAGUCUGGCAGCAAAAUUGGUCAAGUUGGCAGACAAGUUGUAUAAUCUGAGAGAUCUGGAGAGGUCGAUACCAACGUUCUGGUCCCAACAAAGAGUUCAGGAAUAUUUUGAAUGGAGUAAAAAGGUUGUGGAUGGAUUAAGAGGAGUUAAUUGUACAUUAGAGAAUGAAUUGGACAAAAUUUUCGCUAGACGAUUGAAAAAAACAGAUGAAUCACGUUCUAAUUGAGAUUCAUGUGAUACUGAUAUUUUUUUACUACAAUAUCAGAAUAUUUCCAUUUUUGUUAGGUUUGAGUAAAAUACAGAUUUAUAGAAAUUUUUUAUUAGCUGUAAAUUCGUAUAUAUAAAUUAUGUACAAAUUUGAGUAAUCAAUAAAUUAAUAUAUUUCCUAA